AUGCAUUUUGGAGCCUACAGGACAAGGCAUGGAAAGGUCUCCCCCGCCACAAAAACGAAACUGCUUCUUCGUUUUAUUGUACUAUGUGUGGCGUGGAUUACUGUUCAUGCGCAGGGACAAGGCAUAGAUAUUCUUCAUCGACUAGGCCUUGGAGGCAAAGAUGUAAGAUAUGCAUCAUCAGUGACUGCUGUGCCGUCGUCAUCCACACCAUUACCUCAGAGGGUCCGCUUAACAGAAUUUGGUGUCAUUUUAAAAAACAAUGCCUAUAUUGAGUCACCUCUUGUAAACAUUUUACCAGUUAGCUUAAGACAGCCACUGACAAUAUUGAUUGGGUUGCAAUCACGUAAAGUGAACAAUGCGUUUCUCUUCAGCAUUCGCAAUAACAACAGGCUGCAGUUAGGGGUCCAGUUACUACCUAAGAAACUAAUAGUGCAUGUUGGCGGAAAGCAAUCCGUCGUUUUCAACUACAGUGUCCAUGAUGAGCGAUGGCACUCAUUCGCCAUCACUGUCAGAGAUCAAGUUGUCUCCAUGUUUGUUGAAUGUGGAAAGAGAUAUUUUAGUGGAGAGACUACUUCAGCAGCUCAGACCUUUGACUCUCUUAGUGUGUUCACCUUGGGAAGUAUGAAUAAUAAUUCUGUCCACUUUGAAGGAACAGUGUGUCAGUUGGAUAUUAUUCCUUCCACAGCAGCAUCUGCUGACUAUUGCAGAUACAUGAAAGAGCAGUGCCCCCGAGCAGACACAGCCCAAGCUGAAACCAGCCUUCCUCACACAGCAGUAAUGCCAACCAGACACCCUGAGCACACUACCUUGCCCAAAGGAUUUGGUGAAGCAGAAUCACCACAGAAGACAUUCACAGAACACACUCCCUGGCCCAAAGGAUUUGGUGAAAUGGAAUUGCCACAGAAGACAUUCUCUGAUGGCAAAAACAUUCUAAAUAUCAGAAAUAACGAUUCUUCCACAGUACAUAAAAGCCAAGAGCACCAGAUAUCAAGGUCCCAGUUAACGUCUUUCCUUUCAGAAAAUGUAUCGGCUGUGACUAUCCCAAACUAUGGAAUUCAAGCUAAAAAUGUCAUCAUCAAGGAAGAGAAAAACUUAAACCUGUCAGUGUCUCAUCAUCACCGUAGUGAGGCAAGAAUAAAUACAGAGGAGAAAUUUAGCCCUCUCUUAGCUGGACCAGACAACAUCACUCAACAUUAUGAGGAAGCAGCUGGCCUGGCCCUGCUUAAGCAGAAAUCAGCUAGCAUUGUACACACAAAUCAAGAGGCCAUGACUCAUGUCGAGAAGGCUAUCCUAACAAACCUACACACCAAUGAACUCACGGAAAUGGAACAGAUUGUAAACACCACCCUGUAUAGAGUGACACAUGGGCCCUCUCUGGAUAACCAUCUUGAACUAAGGAAGGAAGGUGAAUUUUACCCUGAUGCUACUUACAUCCCUGAAAACAACUAUGAAGCCCAGCCUUAUGAUUACUAUUAUUAUGAGGAUUACAAUGCAAUGCUUGACAUGGAGUAUCUGAGAGGGCCUAAAGGGGACACUGGACCUCCUGGUCCCCCCGGUCCCAUGGGUAUCCCAGGUCCAUCAGGCAAGAGAGGCCCACGGGGCAUUCCGGGACCACAUGGAAAUCCUGGGUUACCUGGAUUGCCAGGUCCAAAGGGCCCCAAAGGAGAUCCCGGGUUGUCACCAGGCCAAGCUGCUCCUGGAGAAAAGGGUGACCAUGGUGUUUUGGGAUUAGUGGGCCCCCCUGGUUUACAAGGUGAAAAGGGUCUCAAAGGACAUCCAGGGCUCCCCGGACUCCGUGGGGAACAAGGAAUUCCAGGACUCGCUGGUAAUGUUGGCUCACCUGGCUACCCUGGCAGGCAGGGUUUAGCUGGACCAGAAGGUAACCCAGGUCCUAAAGGUGUCCGAGGUUUCAUUGGCUCUCCUGGAGAGGCAGGACAGUUGGGACCUGAAGGCGAAAGGGGCACUCCUGGGAUCCGUGGGAAGAAGGGUCUGAAGGGAAGACAGGGCUUUCCAGGUGACUUUGGAGACAGAGGCCCUGCCGGUCUGGAUGGUAGUCCUGGGCUUGUAGGUGGCAUUGGGCCUCCUGGAUUUCCUGGUAUUACAGGAAGUGUUGGUCUUGCAGGACCGACUGGACCCCCGGGAGCUCCUGGCUCAAUGGGCCUCUCAGGAAAUAGAGGAGCACCUGGAAUCAAAGGUGAUAAGGGUGAACAAGGCAUGGCAGGAGAGCCAGGAGAACCCGGGUAUCCUGGAGACAAGGGCACCAUUGGGUCACCAGGACCACCAGGGAUAAGAGGAAAGUCAGGACCUUCAGGACAACCAGGUGACCCAGGACCCCAGGGACCAUCUGGCCCUCCAGGACCAGAGGGUUUUCCAGGAGAUAUUGGGAUUCCUGGACAAAAUGGACCUGAAGGACCAAAGGGACAUCUUGGAAGUAGAGGGCCUCCCGGGCCUCCAGGACUCAAAGGAACUCAGGGAGAAGAAGGACCAGCUGGACCCUUUGGAGAACUAGGACCAAGGGGAAAACCAGGUCGAAAAGGGUAUAUGGGGGAACCAGGGCCAGAAGGCUUAAAGGGAGAAGUAGGAGACCAAGGAGAUAUUGGGAAAAUUGGUGAAACAGGACCUGUUGGCUUACCUGGAGAAGUAGGGACAGCUGGAAGCAUUGGUGAAAAGGGAGAGCGUGGAAGUCCAGGCCCACUUGGUCCCCAGGGGGAAAAGGGUGUCAUGGGCUACCCAGGUCCUCCUGGGGCUCCAGGACCCAUAGGCCCACUGGGAUUACCUGGUCUUGCUGGGGCAAGAGGAGCACCUGGGAGUCUGGGUCUUAAAGGACAAAGAGGACCCAGAGGACCAGAUGGCCUCCCAGGGGAUCAAGGUGGACACGGUGCCAAGGGUGAAAAGGGAAACCAAGGAAAAAGAGGGCUUCAUGGUCUUACUGGUAAGACUGGAAGCCCAGGGGAGAGGGGAGUUCAAGGAAAACCAGGCUUACAAGGACUGCCUGGCAGCCCAGGAGACAGGGGGCCUGCUGGAAAACCAGGACCACAAGGACUACCUGGUAAUGCUGGACUUCCUGGAGAGAUGGGUGUGGAGGGACUUCCAGGCACUGAGGGAGAAUCUGGCCUGCAAGGUGAACCAGGUGCUAAGGGAGAUGUUGGACCUACUGGCAGCCCUGGAGCAGCUGGGGAGUCUGGGUCACGUGGUGAACCAGGAGCUCCCGGAGAAGAAGGUCUCCAAGGAAAAGAUGGAUUGAAGGGGGCUCCAGGAGGAAGCGGACUUCCUGGAGAGGAUGGAGACAAAGGAGAGAUGGGCUUACCAGGAACAACAGGGCCCUGGGGUAGAGCAGGUCAAACGGGUCUUCCAGGACCAGAUGGAAUUGUGGGAACCCCAGGACAAAGAGGCCGGCCAGGGAAAAAGGGCGAUAAAGGACAAAUAGGACCCAUGGGAGAAGCUGGAAGCCGAGGCUCCCCUGGAAAGGCUGGGGAAAGUGGCCCUAAGGGCACCCGAGGAACAAGAGGUGCUGUGGGUCCAUUAGGAUUGAUGGGACCUGAUGGAGAACCAGGAAUACCAGGAUACAGAGGCCAUCAAGGUCAACCAGGACCCUCUGGAUUGCCAGGACCUAGAGGAGAAAAGGGAUACCCAGGAGAAGACAACAAAGUCCUAGGACCUCCCGGGCCUCGAGGUGAACCAGGGCCAAUGGGGGAACAAGGAGAGAGAGGAGAGCAUGGUGAAGAAGGCUAUAAGGGCCAUGUGGGUGUGCCGGGACUCAGAGGUGCCACUGGACAACAAGGGUCCCCAGGUGAACCGGGCGACCAGGGUGGACAAGGCCUGAAAGGAGAGAGAGGACCUGAGGGUCCUAAGGGGAAAAAAGGAGCUCCUGGUCCUUCUGGGAAACCUGGCAUUCCCGGACUUCCAGGCCUUCCCGGGCCAAAAGGCUUGCAAGGAUACCAUGGAGUAGACGGCAUGUCAGGAACCCCUGGGAAACCUGGGCUCCUGGGAAAACAAGGACUUCCUGGUGUCACAGGCAGCCCAGGAAGAACAGGACUGGCUGGAUCCCCAGGUCCUCGAGGAGGAAAGGGCUCAUCAGGCCCACCAGGAAGCCCUGGUGUUCCGGGCCCAAAGGGUGAACAAGGGCUAACUGGUCAACCUGGAGUUCCAGGUAAAAGAGGUCAACGAGGAGCACAAGGUGACCAAGGAUUACAUGGAGAGACUGGUCUGAAAGGGCAGCCUGGAGAACAUGGUGAUCAAGGUUUGACAGGUUUCCAAGGAUUCCCAGGCCCCAGAGGUCCAGAGGGGGAUGCUGGUAUUGUUGGAAUUGUAGGCCCUAAAGGUCCCAUUGGUCAGAGAGGAAACACUGGCCCUCUCGGCAGAGAAGGCAUAACAGGCCCAACAGGUGGAACUGGACCCAGAGGUGAAAAAGGCUUUAGAGGUGAAACUGGUCCCCAAGGACCAAGGGGUCAACCAGGACCUCCUGGUCCACCUGGAGCACCUGGUCCAAGAAGACUAAUGGAUAUCAAUGCUGCUAUUCAGUCCCUGAUUGCAUCAAAUUCUGCCCUGCAGAUGGAGAGUUACCAGAAUACUGAAGUGACUUUAAUCAACCCCAGUGCAGAAAUAUUCAAAACCCUGACCUACCUUAGCAGUUUACUGAGCAGCAUCAAGAAUCCUCUGGGCACAAGAGAUAACCCAGCACGGAUCUGCAAGGAUUUGCUCAGCUGUGAGUACAAGGUUUCAGAUGGAAAAUACUGGAUUGAUCCAAAUCUUGGGUGCUCUUCAGAUGCCUUUGAGGUUUUCUGCAAUUUUAGUGCUGGUGGCCAAACAUGUUUAUCUCCUGUUUCUGUGACAAAGUUGGAGUUUGGAGUUGGCAAAGUGCAGAUGAACUUUCUUCAUUUGCUGAGCUCGGAAGCCACCCACAUUAUCACCGUUCACUGCCUAAGCACCCCAAGGUGGACUAGCACACAGGCAGAUGGCCCAGGAUUGCCGAUUAGUUUCAAAGGAUGGAAUGGUCAGAUUUUUGGAGAAAACACUCUACUUGAACCUAAAGUCCUCUCAGAUGACUGCAAGAUUCAGGAUGGCAGCUGGCACAAGGCAAAAUUCCUUUUUCACACCCAGAAUCCUAAUCAGCUUCCUGUGAUUGAAGUCCAAAACCUUCCUCAUCUCAGAACUGAGCGGAAGCACUACGUUGAAAGCAGCUCUGUGUGCUUUCUCUAAAACCUCUGGGUUAGUGCCGAAGCUGUGCCUUGAGUCAGGUGUCAGACUUGUGGGACAGAAGAAGCCAAGUACCGAUGUCCACGCUGCCUUCGAUAUUCCUGCAGUUUGCCCUGUGUAAAGAAGCACAAAGCAGAACUG